AUGCGCAACUCAACAAACCACUAUCGGACUUGCCUGUGCAAUACUCUUGUGUGGAUCGGCCUAUUUUCCAUAUACAAAUACAGAAAAACAAACAUAGGCAGAAACGUUUCAGUAGACAUACGAUACGCGUUCAGUGCCGGACAUGUCAUGUCUACAUUUUAGAGCAGUUCUGAAAGUAUUUAUUUAAAUAUCUUUCUGUGAACCACAUACGGAUGAACAUGUGAUAUGACACUAACCGAAAUACAUAUUUUAUUACUGUACAGCAUUUAAUUUAAAGUAAAAAAUGUGAUAGUUUUAUUCAAUUAAUAAAUAAGUAUAAACGUUAAUAUAUUCGUCGUACAAGGUGUUUAUAGUCCAAAUGGAUAAGGAAUUGGAAGACGAGGAGACCCGAAAUUGGGUUAAGAUCUGCCUCGCUCUACGAUGUCUGUCAGAGAGCCUUAUUCCUUUUGUACAAAAGAAAAGUGAAGAACAGCACUCUAUUAACAUGACAUUUUUGAAGAAAUUUUUUGGUAUCACUGACUAUACUUGUUCGAUCUGUAAUCUGAAAACAUUGGAGCCGUAUCACUCUCAGAGAAAGCCUUGUAAAUAUUUACAUGUUAAGUAUAAAUGUGCAUGUAGCGCUUCAGGAAAACAACGAUGUCCAGAAGAAACGUGUGGAAAGUUAUAUGAUCUUAUUAAAGAUGAACAUGUCGAAAACAACCCGAACUGGUUGAACUCAAAAUCGGAACUGUGGUCCGAUAAGCAACACGGACCUUGGGAAAGGAUGAAGUGCUUUAUUGAUACACAUGGUUACAAAGAAAAAUCAGAUAUAUCAAUGGCGGAUAUCACAGCAUUAGUACAAAUUUGCACAAACAACGAAACUUUGCAGCGGGAAUUUGGAGCUAACAUUAGAUAUCUUCAUAAGAUUCGAAGCAUAAGAAACGAAGUUUCACAUGCAAGUAGCCUAAAGAUAAAAACUAGUUUAUUCAAAGAAUACAUUUUAGAUGUAAAGAAUGCUCUACUGCUUCAAUGUUUUGAUCAGUUUCGAUCAACUGAUCAGCUACAGUACUUGGAAAGUUUAGAACAAGACGGGCAGCCAAUAACUGUAGAAGACGAAAUAGGAGCCAGAGAAGAAACACUUGUCGCAGUCAAAGAACUUAUAAUCUCAUUAGAGAAGCAGCUUGAACAGAUUCAGUCUCUUAAUGAUGCAAAUUUAAAAGCGAGUACUGAAGACAUCAAAGAGGAAAUAGCACAGUUAACAAGUAUUGAAGAGCAGCAUUUUCGACAAUUACGUGAACGAUUUAAUCAAAUUGAAGGACAUUUGAAAAACUUGCAAAACGAGUACAUGAAGACAAAAGAGAAAUUAAGUAAGCACAAAUCGAAAUUAGACGGUAUAAAAUGCACAUUGGAAUUGCACACGACGGAAUUAAGCAAUAUUUCAAAGGGUGUGGCAAGUCUGGCAAUGGAUAUAAAACCAAUUCUACAAAAAAAUGCAGGGAACUAUGAAGUUUUGGAAAGACUGGAACGGAAAUUUGACGAAUUUGGAAGCAAUCUAAAGCGGGUUGAUGUUUCAGGAAUGAAACUUAUUGUCGAACUUAAAACAUCCACUGGCAAAGAAGAAUUAUCAGAGUUCUUAGUGGAAUCUACGAACGGAAUUGGGCGUGAUAGAGUACUUACGGAAUUGCAAAAAUGUAUCCAAACAGCUCUAAAUCAAAUGUGCAUAGAUGGAGUUAACAUUAAUUGUGUCAAGAAUGAGUGCAUGGCGAUAUAUUUUGGAUAUCUGAAUUUGAAGAGUUGGUUAGCAUUUGUACACAAAUAUAUGAACAGAGAAUUUGACCAAAUAUUUGUGCCGGUUCAAAAUCACUUGAGGACCUACAUCGGAUACGAAGAUCUGGAGUUGAAUGUGGUGAUUCAUGAAGAAGAUUUCACGAUAUCUGUCCAGUCGAUAGCCUUUCAGUUGGACGCUCAAUUGACGGAUGUUGCCACGUUUACAGAACCACUUCAAUUCGAUGAAUCUCUAAAAGACAGUAGGGAGAACGCAGACAUUGGUGGCAAAGAAUUACCGCAUCGAGUAGGGAGUGUAGGUCUGGCAGAUGAACAAGAAAGAACGAACCAGCAUCAGGUUAGUUCUGGAAAAAACAUUGCCAAAUAUGUGUGUAUGACAUUGUAA